AUGUCUUCAGAAAGCGAAUCAUUCGACUUAACCGAAGUAAUAGAUAAUUCUGAAUACUUUAAAACAUGGCUAGAAGUACAUAAUAGAUACUCACGCAACUUACUAAAAAUAAUGAGUUGGGAGAGUACACCUGUGGAUUUAAGAGCUCAAGCUAGUAGAGCAUAUAGUUCAUUCCAGUAUUGUGGUACAGGAAGUGUGUUCCUUGUAGUAUUUGGGGAAAAUGCCAGAACCAGACAGUUGGGAGUUAAGGGUGAUUGA